CACAAGUUUGUGCUGGUCCUAAGGUAACACUGUUUAUCUGUUAUUGGGACACAUCUCCUAUACCCUUCUACAUUCAAUCAGAACUCGACAAAGGUACUCCACAAUGAACAACUGUGGUCCUUCUUCCAAUGGCUUUGUGGUCAUUACCCAUGUGUAUCCACAACAAAGUGCCCAGAGUCAUGUUUUACCCCAGACUGGAGCUGUUCCAGCAGUCUCAUCUCCGCUUGGGAAAUUCCUUAAAGGGGAACCAGCAGUCCUGGGAACGGUCCAGAUAAUGACUGGCAUUGUUGUAUUCUUGUUUGGCAUUGUGACUUCAUUUCAUUCAUCAACAGCGUCCUCUUCCUGUGGCAUCAUGUUCUGGGGAUCAAUUAAUUACAUUGUAGCAGGCUCUCUUACUGUUAUCGCCAAUAAGAAGCUCUGUCCGUGUAUGCUCAAGGCAUCACUGGUGGUGAAUGUCAUAGGCACCAUAACCGCUGGAAUCGCCAUUAUCGUACAUGGCUUUGAUUUCCUUGUCCUAGGAUUCUUUUAUCACAGCUGUUAUGAAGACCAUGACAGCUAUGAUUGUUGGAAGAAUAGGAGAUUGUUUUUGACCAGGGCAAGGGGGAUUGCUGGAGUGAUGAUAGUUUUGUCAGUGCUAGAGUUCAUUGUUUCCAUUUGCAUAUCUGCAUUUGUCUGCAAAGCCACCUGCUCCUCAAAUACUCAGGUGGUCAUUUCCAACCCGGUGCCCCCACCUUUCCCCGUCUCCAGCGCUUCUGCCCCUCCACUGAACACCUGUGAGAUGCCUCUCUUCCUACCCAGUGUGGGUUCCCCUUUUCAUCACAGCAGUGUUGAUGGUUCAAGGGAUGGCAAAGCUGAAGAUCUGCCCCCAGAGUACACCGCUAUCCAAUGAUGAUGAGUCAUGUCCCUUCAUGUAGCCUAGUAAUAAUAAUAAUGAUAACUUAGAUUUGUUUACCGCCUCUCAAGAUAUCCUAGGUCGCUUCACAAAAUAAAAAAAAAGGAGGGGAAGGCCUCUUUUGAACAAGCCUGGGAGGGGGCACUGCACGUUGAGAGGUAUAGGCUAUAGAUUAUUCCAUAGACUGGGAGCAGCAGCACAGCAGUGGCAGGGGAGACCAGCAUCUGGUGACCUUUCAAGUCAAAUCAUAUGUCAAGUCAAGUCAAGUCAAGUCAAGUCAAGUCAAGUCACAUUUAUUUAUAAAGCACAUUUUUGUAAGCACAAAGUGCAAACCCAUAUAUAUGUGUGCUCUUGAGCAAGGGUGAAUAAUUCAAUGAAAGUAAAUAAGCUCUGGAGUCAAUUAGCAUGUUCUGAGUCACUUCUUUGAAUUGCAUCUCAAUUGAUUGCUAAACGAAACAAGAUUAUAUCAUCAUCCCGUAAGCCUACUUCUGUUCAAAGAUUUAUAUUGGUCAUAAUAGCCUAGAUAAUGUUGCCCUGUUGUUGUGUAAUAAUAUAGCCAUCAUUAUAGCCUAGUGUAUCAUUGUGAUCUCUUACAGUCACUUGCAUGCGUGAAAUGUCUUAA